AUGUACCGGUAUGGUCGCAUAGCCACUGGAAUUCGGACUUUCCCUAGAGGUCUCGAAGCGUCACACUUUUCCGUCUGCAGGCCUCUACGAUCUGUCGUGUCUGCUUAUCGACGUGUGCACACGAGCACUCCACAGCACGCCCAGGUCAGGAGCUCUCAGCAUGACUUGGAAAAGCAUGGCAUCGAUGUCAUAGCCGGCCGAUCGAAAGAUGACACUAUCUACGCCCUCUCUUCAGCCCAGGGCAGGGCUGGCAUAGCUGUCAUCCGAGUCUCGGGCCCUGCAUGUCGGGAAAUCUACCAGAAGCUAUGCCCACACAAGCAACUCCCAAAGCCUCGAUAUGCCACCGUCAGGACACUCUAUAAUCCAGGACAUCCAGACGCGGCAAAUAUCCUCGACUCCGGAGCCCUGGUUCUGUACUUCCCAGCCCCCAAGACCGUCACUGGCGAGGACGUCCUCGAGCUGCACACUCACGGCGGCCCUGCCACCGUGAAAGCCGUGCUGGGCGCAAUCGCUCAAUGCUCUUCCGGGCGAGCCCACCAAAAUAGCAUCCGCUAUGCCGAGCCUGGCGAAUUCACGAAGCGCGCCUUCCUCAAUGAUCGCCUGGACUUGUCACAGGUCGAGUCGCUCAGCGAUGUUCUUGACGCUGAAACGGAGCAGCAGCGCCGUGCCGCAGUGCGCGGGAAUUCUGGUGCCCGCGGACAGACCUAUGACUCUUGGCGCGAGGAGCUCCUGCUCGCCAGAGGUGAGAUCGAGGCGCUGAUCGAUUUCUCGGAGGACCAGCACUUUGACGAGUCGCCCCGGGAGCUGUUGCGAAACGUGACGGGAAUGGUGCAGAGGAUCUUGCGCUCGAUUGAUGUCCACGAGAUGGCCGGGCAGAGGACGGAGCUGCUCAGAAAGGGCAUUCGAAUCGCGCUCCUGGGCCCACCGAAUGUGGGAAAGAGUUCGCUGAUGAACUUGAUUGUUGGGAGAGAGGCUUCCAUCGUCUCCCGUGAGGCAGGCACCACGCGAGAUAUCGUGGAAGCCAGCCUCGAUAUCGGCGGCUAUCUGUGCACAUUUGCCGAUACAGCGGGCAUCAGGACCUCCGCACUCUCAACUGAUGGUGUCAUUGGACCUAUUGAAGAGGAAGGCAUCCGGAGGGCACGCCUAAAGGCCCUUGGCUCCGAUGUCAUAAUUGUCCUUGCUUCAAUCGAGAGGCACGUAGACGGCGCACAUUUCAUCAACUACGACGCCGAGACACUGCAAUUGGCAGCCAAAGCCGAGCAACAUAUUAUUGUGGUCAAUAAAUGCGACUCGGUCGAUAAGACAAUGCUGGACAAUCUCCUGAAGGACUUUGGCUCGUCUAUUCAGGCACAUGUGGGGGCUCUGGCAGAGCCUCAAGCUGUUUCCUGCACCAAGGCGAACGAACCAUCUGAGUCCCUGGAAAAAGACCCUGGUGGCAUCCAUAGCCUCACACAAACUCUAGUCCACCGUUUUGAGGAUCUGACAUCUCUACCUGAAGACAUGCAGGAUCUUCUCGGUGGGACAGAGAGGCAGCGACAACUUCUAGCGCAGUGCCGACUACAUCUCGAGGAUUUCAUGGGCCAGGCUGAGGCUGGGGGCCUGGAGUCAGAUGAUGUCGGCGACGAACCUGACAUUGUUCUUGCUGCUGAGCAUCUUCGCUACGCAGGAGAUUGCUUGGCUAGAAUCACCGGGCGCGGAGAUGCCGGUGAUGUGGAGGAGGUGCUGGGGGUCAUAUUUGAGAAGUACUGUGCCCACUUCCCGGUCUUAGUUGACCCAACUAUUGCACGAUGA